AUGGACACAUAUGAGGAUGAGAACCUAGCCACCGGGGUUGAGGAGCAGCAGGAGAAGGAAAGCGAGCACAGCAACGAAAAGAUCAUCAAUGAGGAAUACAAGACAUGGAAAAAGAACGCGCCAUUUUUGUAUGAUAUGAUUCUGAGCACAGCUUUGGAAUGGCCCACCCUCACAACCCAGUGGCUUCCAGACAAGCAGGAAGUCCCCGAUAAGCCUUAUUCUACCCAUCGCCUACUUAUUGGUACCCACACAGCCGGUGAUGCUCAGAAUUACCUUCAAAUCGCGCACAUUCAGCUUCCAAACGCCAAUGCCCCGAACCCAGACGACUAUGAUGAGGAGCGCGGAGAGAUCGGUGGCUACGGUGGCGGACCCAAGAAGCCCCAGAUGGAGAUCAAAUUUGAGAUUGCCCAGAAGAUUGAUCACAGGGGGGAAGUUAACAAGGCCCGUUACCAGCCCCAGAACCCCAAUAUGAUUGCGACCAUGUGUACCGAUGGCCGGGUGAUGAUCUGGGACCGUUCAAAGCACCCCAGCCAACCCACUGGUACUGUGAACCCUCAAAUGGAGCUCCUAGGACACGAGGCAGAGGGCUUCGGCCUGAGCUGGAAUCCACACAAAGAGGGUCACCUUGCUACUGGUAGCGAGGACAAGACUGUUCGACUCUGGGACCUUACGACAUACACCAAGGGCAACAAGGCCCUCCGGCCGACCCGCACCUACACUCACCAUUCUUCCAUCGUAAACGAUGUUCAGCACCACCCUCUCCAUUCGUCUCUCAUUGGAACCGUCUCCGAUGAUAUCACCCUUCAGAUUCUCGAUAUUCGCUCUGCUGACUCCACCCGCGCAGCCGCAUCAGCGGAGGGGCAGCACCGCGAUGCUAUCAAUUCCAUCUCCUUUAACCCGGCAGCAGAGACAAUCUUGGCCACCGGUUCCGCUGACAAGACUAUUGGUCUGUGGGAUCUUCGAAAUCUCAAGACCAAGCUUCACUCAUUGGAGGGUCACACAGACUCCGUGCAGUCUAUCUCGUGGCAUCCAUUCGAGGAGUCCGUUUUGGCCAGUUCCAGCUAUGACCGGAAAAUUAUGUUCUGGGACCUCAGCCGUGCUGGUGAGGAACAGACCCCGGAGGACGCGCAGGACGGUCCUCCCGAGCUUCUCUUUAUGCACGGUGGUCACACAAACCGCCUGUCUGACUUCAGUUGGAACCUCAGCGAUCCAUGGGUGCUGUGCUCGGCGGCCGAAGACAACCUCCUGCAGGUAUGGAAGGUGGCCGACGCCAUUGUGGGCAAGGACCUGGAAGAUGUCCCUACCGAGGAGUUGGAGGCAUGA